GGGCCUCCCCCGGAAACUUAACCGGCCUUUCCACUCCGGCUACGGCGAGAGCCUCCCCGCCCCCACCGGGCCUCGGGCCGCGCGGCCAACACCCAAGCCGCCCCGCACCCGGCUGCGCGCGGCGGUGGGGGUGGGGCGGCCAGUGCCCCGGCGGCGCCUCGCAGCGCCUGCGGGUCUUUAUUUUUUUUAAAAGACUGCGCCGCACCGUUCCAGCCCCCAGCGCCGCCAGGGCGGGCGGGAGCGAGAGGAGCGAGGCCGGCGGAGGGGACCCACCCCCCCCGCCGCGCCGCCGCCGCCGCCCCCGCCCCCCCCGUCCGCGGCGCCCCUCCCCCGCCGGCCCCUCCCCCGCGCGCCCGCCCGGCGCAGGCCGCUCGGGUUUGUUUUGCUGCGCGGCCGCCGCCGCCGCGGGCCUCGCGAGCUCAUUUGUGCCUGGCUGGUCCCCAUUCCUCUCUCCCCAGUGUUGAGUGUCUGAGCCGUUGGCUGCUCCGAACCGUUUGGCUCUUUCCCUUAGUAACAGCUUUUACCUUCUGCCUCAAUUCCUCUCCCCGCUCGCGCCCUUCCCCCGCGCGCCGCCUCCCCCCGCCGCCGGCCGCGUGCGCCCCCGCCCCUCCCCCCGCGGCGGGAGCACCUCCGCUCGCCACCUGGGGACCCGCGCCGCGCUCCCCGCCCCCGCCCGCCCGGCGCCCAUCCCCCGCGCCCUCCGCUCGCCGGGGUUAUAAUUGCCUCUCACCCCCCGGAGGGGUUAUUUUGGGGGUGGUUGGAGGCGGCGGCGGCGGCGGCGGCGGCGAGGAGGGGAAUUUCCUUGUGCCUCCAUUCCCGGGAGGGGGGAGCGGCGUCGGAGGCCACCGUUUCCAGCAUCAGCAACUUGUGAUUGGCGGUACCGGAUAUUCAAUUGCACAUCCCCACAUCAAUGCACUGCCAAUGAUGAGGAACUGAGGCCUUGGACUAGAACAGAGGUCCCCUCACUCAGUCCAGGACUCUUUCUAUUACAUCAUGCUGCCUGAUGUUUGUUUAUGGAACUCAGCAACAUCACAUACAGGAACAAGAAACUGGGGCUCAGGAGCUUGAUUUAAUAUCCAGAUGUCAAAAGCAGUAGCAUUUGAAAGAAACCAUCAGCAUUCUGAUUUCUAGUCUGAUAAUCUUUUGCUACUGCCCAGUUUUCAGAAGAGGAAAAAAAAGGAAAAAAAAAAUCCCCAAACCCAACUGUGAUGUUGGUAUUUGAAUAGGCUUCAUAAGGAGAUGACAUUUGAAGAAUAGAAGAAUUUCAGCACUUAUAGUUGGAACAAAGAGCUAAAUAAAAAGCAGGGGUUUUAGAAUGAUAGACCUGAAUAUAUGUACCUGAUGGGUAGAGUAAAUUCAAAAGAUAUUGUAUGGCUAGAUACUUUGAGAUCAUAGAAUGGGGAACUUAAGUGCCUGGCUAAUCCCUUUGGAGUGAAAUGUGGAAGUUAUUAAGUAGCAGUAAAUAUAUAUGAUAUAAUCAGUUAUGUUUUAUGCCUUGGUGUCAGAAGAUAAUAGGAAGAGACCUAGGAGACUCUGAGGCUAAUGUAGUAAUACAGGUGGCAGGUACUGUGGAAAGAAAGGCAUUGCUGAAAGUGGUGCUGUACAGGUAAUAGGAGACAGACUCUAAAGUUGCAGGUAAGAGCUGAGAUAGGAAGUUAAUCCAACAUGAUACUGAAGUUUCAGGUGUGGCGAAUGGUAGAAUCAAGUUUCAUGUGUGGUGAAUGGUAGAAUCAGUGAUAGUUAUGGGCAAGAGGAGAAACAAAUUUGGGAGUAUAGGACAUAAGUUGCCUCAGAUAAUACUGAAUUCUGAGAUUCCAAAAAGGCAUAGAAAUAGAUGUGUGCGUCAGUCAACUGGAAUUGGAUUCCUUGAGUGGGAAAGAUCGCGAUGUGUGGAGUGGCACAUAAUAGGAAAGAUGGUGGUUUUCUCAUUCUUUAGAGUGUUUGAGAUCAUUAGUUGGGACAGAAGACAGAAUAUCAGAAGGCUAAAAAGAAGUCAGCCGUACAUAUGUUAGGGCAGGAAGAAAAAUCAGUUCAAGAGAGGAGAGAGGGCAGAGUCAGGAAGCCAACUGUUAGAAGUUCAAAGACUGUUCUCAUUUUCUUCUUAAAUGCUGAAAAUGGUCAGGAGUGGAGAUUAAAGAGUAUGAAAACCCAUUGAAUUUGGCGGUGAUUAAUAAAGUGUUUUAAGUUCAAAAGGUCAAAAGUAGAACUUUAACAAUAACAAAAAUAAUUUUACAAACAUUUUUCUUUUAUACAUUAUACUUAAAUGUGUAAAUGUGAUUAUUUACAUUUUGUACAUAAGAUGAAACUCUUUCCUUUUGUCCCUCCCAACAGUUUAUUAUUUUUAAUGAUUGUGUAAUACAUGAAUAUUAUGAAUAUAUAUUCUACAGUCUUGGUACUCCUCUUUUAAUGAACAUUUACUUUAUUUCUUUGUUUUUCCUUUUUCCCCACUAAACAGUGUUCCUAAAAUAAAUAUCCUUAGGAACUUAUAUUUCUCUAGGUUGUAGGGUGUGUGUAUUUGUUGACUGACCAUUUUAACAACAACAACAAAAUAUCAAAUUCUUAACGAUUCAGUCUAAUCUUACUUGUAAUAGAGGUUGACAAAUUGUUUUUCAAAAGGUUUUUUCACAUCUUCACUUGAAAUACAGGGGAAUAACCUUCCUCCACAUUUCUGUCUGAAAUAGGCAUUCUAGAUCUUUUAAAUAUUUACCAAUUUUAGUGAGUGUAAUUUUACUCCUUACCAUUUUGAUAUGUAUUUCCUUGAUAAACUAGCAAGUCUUUAUGUACUCAGAUACAACUAUCUUUUCUUGUAUAGUUUUUGAGUUUCUAGUUCGGUUAAAAGGAUUUUUUCUGCUCUCUAUAUUAGACGUGUAGUGUCAGUGUUAAGAUGUGUACGUGAAGUGUGUGUGUAUAGAUACAUGCACACAUGGCAUUUAUUUAAAAUAUCCAAGUAUUAAAUCUGUCUGGAAUUUAUUUUGUCUGUUGUAAAACACGUGUGCCCACUUUUGUUUUCUUUUAGGUGGAUGGUCACAUGUUGCAACACAAAUACAAGACCAAUCCAUUCUUUUCCUUUGCUCAGAUCUUUGUGUCUUUCAAUAGAGUACUACAUUUAGUCAUAUAAAUUUAGUAAAUACUUGAUAGUUUUUUUUGCUCUUGUAAAUGGAAUAUUUACUUUCUUGUCUGUAUUUAAAGGUGCUUAUUAUUGGACCAGAGAAAAGCUAUUGUUUUUGUUAGCCUCUGUAUUAAAUUCCCUAAAGAAAGACUAGUAAUUUUUCUCAUUAUAUGGUAGUAUAUCAUAGAAGACCCAACAGAUUCUAUGGUACAGUUUUUUUCUCUUUUGUAUCUUUUUUUUACUUCCUCAGAAAGUAAAUAAGGAUUUUGAAGUAAACAAAAAGUCAAGGAAGCGCUAAACUUUUACCAAAGAAGUGAAGUCACCUGAGAUUGAGGGGCUUUUGGUGAGAUGGGUUCUUUGAGGGAAGUUAAAUUUUUUUUUAAAUCCAUGAUGGAAAAUUUGAUAAGGAAGUUAAAGACAUAAUAAAAUGAUUUCCAAAUGGCUCAGAGAGGCAAAAUGAUGUUAGAUACCAUUAUGGUUUGGGGUUUACAUAAGUGACAGGGCUUGAGUGGGAAUUAGCAAGACUAUUUGAGCUGAAUGUCACGAGCAUUUGUUGUUGAAAUGUCAGAUCAGUAGAUUUGCAUCAAAAUGGAGGGAAAAUAGAUACGGUCAGGAGGUAUGAUGACAGAUUGAAGGAUACUGAGAAGUAUGAGUAAUUUGAGAUGACCAUGAAAACCUGUUUGAUUAGAAACUGAGUAGAUCAAAGAUUUAAGGAGUUUACAGUAAAAGAGAGGUAUGUGUGUGUGUGUGUGUUCUAGUUACAAGAUUCAAAGAUAGCGAAGUUUUUGAAUUUUGUGGCAUGAUGCACAAGUCAUGGUUUACAUGACCUGAGAAAGUUGUUAAAAUAUACAUGCGUGGGCUGUACCUCUGAUUUGCUGAAAUUUAAGAGUCUUCAGGGUUGUCAUGAAGUUUAUGACAUUACUUUGAAAAAGCUGCCAAAGGUGAAUUUGAUAAUACCAUACUAAGUAAGCAAGGACCACUGGUUGGCUAGAAAUGAGUGUGGUGGGCCUUUUUCUUUUUUCAUAUUCAGGGUUUGGCCAAAAUGAAAUGGAGAUACAAGUAAUCAAAAUUGUGCAGCUAAUGGAGAUCAAAUUAGGAAUGGAUGAGAAGGAACAUUGAAUGUCAUUGAAGAUUAUCUUUCUCAUCUUUUAAAACACUACUGACUAGUAGAAAGAAAGAGGUUUGGGACGCCUGGGUGGCUCAGUUGGUUAAACAACUGCCUUCGGCUCAGGUCAUGAUCCCAGGGUCCUGGGAUCGAGUCCCACAUCGGGCUCCCGGCUCAGCAGGAAGCCUGCUUCUCCCUCUCCCACUCCCCCUGCUUGUGUUCCUGCUCUCGCUGUCUCUGUCAAAUAAAUAAAUAAAAUCUUUAAAAAAAAAAAAAAAAGAAAGAGCUUUAUUCACUGUUUGCAACAAAUAAUAAUUGAGCGCCUUUUGUGAAUCGGGCUAUAUUCCAGGCACAAGUAUAGUAGUGAAUAACAAGGAUCAAGUAUCUGCUGUCCUGUAGCUUGCAUUUUUUUUUUUUUAAUGAGCGUAAGUUGUCAUUCACAGAGUGUUGAGUCACCAGUGUUUGAAAAAUCUCGUCUAUACCACACAUUGUAUGAUCCAGUGUUUAUUUUUUCUUUAGAGCAGUGAUCUAUAUCAACAAAAAACAAUUUUGAAAUGAAUCCUCUCAUUUGUUGCUGUUAUCUCUGACUACUUUUCUUUGUUUAAGUAUUGCCCUCAGUUUCCUUUACCACUAAUAAUAUAAGCAGGGACAAGAAAAAGGUGAACUCAUUUCCACUACAUAAUGGAAAAAAGGAACAUUCUUUUAGUUUCUUAGUUUCUGGCAGUCUUGAGUUUCAGCGCAGAAUGCUUUUUUAAAACACAGAACCAGAUGAAAGGGAAAUAAUUUCAUACUCCUACCUGCUGGCCAUGAAUAGAUUAAAAUUUUUUAUAAGAUAAUCCAGUGACAUCUGAUCAGGUAACCAGACACAGACUAGACAGGUGGAGGUCUUUGUUUCAUCUUCUUGCUCUUCCUCUCCUAAUCCAAAUCUCUAUAGAAGUUUUGGAAAUGAUAGCAGAUGCUUUGUAUUCAUCUGUUGCAUAGGCACUAUUGCAGUGGGUUCAGUUUUCCAUAAUGUUCAUACCUGGUGCUAUAGCCAUCCCUUUUAGUCUUUUAAAUCAGGUUUUUUUUUUUUGUUUUUUUUUUAAGAAGACAGUGAUUAUUUACAUGUAAUUGCUUUGAUAUUUUCAUUAAUCUGGGCAACCUACAACAGGAAGGGAAAAAUUCUCUUGUUCCACUCAGCUCUAACGCCUGUGAUUCUUUAUAGGUUAUAUCAGUUAGCAGUUAAUUUUAUAUCAGCAGACCCCCAAAAAUACUACUUUCCUCCUGAUUUGUACACUUACUAUAAUUUACAUUUUGAGCUUUUAGGUGAAUAGAGCACCUAUAAAAAUGCUGAGACACCUUGUAGUAGAGUGAAAAUAGAUGUGACUUGUGGGAACAGUUUUAGUCUUAAAAAUGUAUAUAACUCAAUUCACAUUCUUUUUUCUUUUUUUAAAUUGUAUAGUUGGCACACAUUGUUACAUUAGUUUCACUUGUACAACAUAGUGAUUCAAAUGCUUAUUUGUUCUAAUUUAAUAUGUAUUCGUUUUCACUAUAACAUUUUAUAUAUAACAUUCUUAUUAUAACAGUAACUCUUAUUAUAACAUUAGCUAUUUUAAUUGAGGUCAGAUGUUCUUGAGAUCAGUGGCCCAAGCAGAACUUCAUUUAUUUUUUUUUUUUUUAAAGAUUUUAUUUAUUUAUUUGACAGAGAGAGAUAGCAAGAGCAGGAACACAAGCAGGGGGAGUGGGAGAGGGAGAAGCAGGCUUCUCGCCGAGCAGGGAGCCCGAUGUGGGGCUCGAUCCCAGGACCCUGGGAUCAUGACCUGAGCCGAAGGCAGACACUUAACGACUGAGCCACCCAGGCGCCCAGAACUUCAUAUAUUUUUGAAAGAAUAUUAAUUUUUCCUUUCUGUUUUAGAGAACUGUGCGAGAAAAUUGUGUUGGGGGGGGUAGUUACAUAAUUGAGAUAAAAAACAAAGGUUAAAUAUCAUUACCAUGUGGUAAUCAAGGGGUUUCGCUGUUCUAAUAAGAAAGCUUUACUACUUAUUUCUUAAUAUUUUUGGAGUAAAUCAAACUGAUUCUGAAGUUGCUGUCUAUGGGUGUAGACGCUUUCCUCUUUUCUCUCUAAAUGCUUUCCCUUUCCAAGAAACAAGUGAGGUUGAGAGCAGAGAAGAAAAACACUCACUCUCCUUGCACGGCCUUAGAAUUUUGUUUCUUUAAAACUACUUAUUUGAGCACAUACUAUACAUUUGUGUUAUGAAACUAGCCCUACAAGAAAUAUUGAAAGGGGCCCUCUAAGCAAAGAGAGAGCCUAAAAGUAACAGACAAGAAAGGAACACAGACAAUAUACAGUAACAGUCACCUUAAAGGCAAUACAAUGGCACUAAAUUCCUAUCUUUCAAUAGUUAUCCUGAAUGUGAAUGGGCUAAAUACCCCAAUCAAAAGACACAGGGUAUCAGAUUGGAUAAAAAAAACAAGAUCCAUCGAUAUGCUGUCUGCAAGAGACUCAUUUUAGAUGCAAAGACACCUGCAAAUUGAAAGUGAGGGGGUGGAAAACUAUUUACCAUGCUAAUGGACAUCAAAAGAAAGCUGGGGUGGCAAUCCUUAUAUCAGACAAAUUAGAUUUUAAACCAAAAACUAUAGUUAAGAGAUGAGGAAGGGCACUAUAUCCUACUUACAAGGUCAAUCCAACAAGAAGAUCUAACAAUUGUAAAUGUCUAUGCCCCUAACAUGGGAGCAGCCAAUUAUAUAAGCCAAUUAAUAACAAAAGCAAAGAAACACAUCAAGAACAAUACAAUAAUAGUAGGGGACUUUAACACCCACCUCCCUGAAAUGGACAUAUCAUCUAAGCAAAAGAUCAACAAGGAGAUUAAGACUUUAAAUGACACACUGGACCAAAUGGAUUUCACAGAUAUAUUCAGAACAUUCCAUCCCAAAGCAACAGAAAACACAUUCUUCUCUAGUGCCCAUGGAACAUUCUCCAGAAUAGAUCACAUCCUAGGUCACAAAUCAGUCUCAACCGGUACCAAAAGAUUGGGAUCAUUCCCUGCAUAUUUUCAGACCCCAAUGCUUUGAAACUAGAACUCAAUCACAAGAGGAAAGUCAGAAAGAACUCAAAUACAUGGUGGCCAAAGAGCAUCCUAUUAAAGAAUGAAUGGGUCAACCAGGAAAUUUAAAGAAGAAUUAAAAAAAUUCAUGGAAACAAAUGAAAAUGAAAACACAACUGUUCAAAAUCUUUGGGAUGCAGCAAAGGCAGUCCUAAGAGGAAACUGUAUAGCAAUACAAGCCUUUCUCAAGAAAUAAGUUCUCAAAUACACAACCUAACCCUCCACCUAAAGGAGCUGGAGAAAGAACAGUAAAUAAAGCCUAAACCCAGCAGGAGAAGAGAAAUAGUAAAGAUCAGAGCAGAAAUCAAUGAAAUAGAAACCAAAAGAACAGUAGAACAGAUCAACGAAACUAGGAGCUGGUUCUUUGAAAGAAUUAAUAAGAUUGAUAAACCCCUGCCAGACCUAUCAAAAAGAAAAAUGACCCAAAUAAAUAAAAUCAUGAAUGAUGAAAGAGGAGAGAUCACAACCAACACCAAAGAAAUAAAAUUAUAAGAACAUAUUAUGAGCAACUAUAUGCCAGCAAAUUAGAUAACCUGGAAGGAAUGGAUGCAUUCCUAGAGAUGUAUCAACUACCAAAACUGAACCAGGAAGAAAUAGAAAACCUGAACAGACCUAUAACCACUAAGGAAAUUGAAGCAGUCAUCAAAAAUCUCCCAACAAACAAAACCCCAGGGCCAGAUGGCUUCCCAGGGGAAUUCUACUAAACAUUUAAAGAAGAAUUAAUAACUAUUCUUCUGAAACUGUUCCAAAAAAUAGAAAUGGAAGGAAAACUUCCAAACUUGUUCUAUGAGGCCACCAUUACCUUGAUCCCAAAACCAGACAAAGAGCCCAUCAAAAAGGAGAAUUACAGACCAAUAUCCCUGAUGAACAUGGAUGCCAAAAUUCUCACCAAAAUACUAGCCAAUAGGAUCCAACAGUACAUUAAAGGGAUUAUUCACUAUGACCAAGUGGGAUUUAUCCCUGGGCUGCAAGUUUGGUUCAACAUCUGCAAAUCAGUCAGUGUGAUACAAUACAUUAAUAAAAGAACAAGAACCAUAUGAUCCUCUCAAUAGAUGCAGGAAAUGCAUUUGACAAAGUACAGCAUCCUUUCUUGAUCAAAACUCUUCAGAGUAUAGGGAUAGAGGGUACAUACCUCAAUAUCAAAAAGCCAUCUAUGAAGAACCUACAGUGAAUAUCAUUCUCAAUGGGGAAAAACUGAGAGCUUUCCCCCUAAGGUCAGGAACACGGCAGGGAUGUCCACUAUCACCACUGCUAUUCAACAUAGUACUAGAAGCCCUAGCCACAGCAGUCAGACAAUAAAAAGAAAUAAAAGGCAUCCAAAUUGGCAAAGAAGAAGUCAAACUCUCACUCUUUGCAGAUGACAUGAUACUCUAUGUGGAAAACCCAAAAGACUCCACCCCAAAACUGCUAGAACUCAUAACAGGAAUUCAGUAAAGUGGCAGGAUAUAAAAUCAAUGCACAGAAAUCCGUGGCAUUUCUAUACACCAACAACAAGACAGAAGAAAGAGAAAUUAAGGAUUGGACCCCAUUUACAAUUGCACCCAAAACCAUAAGAUACCUAGGAAUAAAUCUAACCGAAGAGGCAAAGAAUCUGUACUCAGAAAACUAUAGAAUACUCAUGAAAGAAAUUGAGGAAGACACAAAGAAAUGGAAGAACCUUCCAUGCUCAUGGAUUGGAAGAACAAAUAUUGUGAAGAUGUCAAUGUUACCUAGAGCAAUCUACACAUUUAAUGCAAUCCCUAUCAAAAUACCAUCCACUUUUUUCAAAGAAAUCAAACAAAUAAUCCUAAAAUGUGUAUGGAAUCAGAAAAGACCCCGAAUAGCCAGAAGAAUGUUGAAAAAGAAAAGCAAAGCUGGCGGCAUCACAAUUCUGGACUUCAAGCUCUAUUACAAAGCUGUCAUCAUCAAGACAGUAUGGUACUGGCACAAAAACAGACACAUAGAUCAAUGGAACAGAAUAGAGAGCCCAGAAAUGGACCCUCAACUCUAUGAUCAACUAAUCUUCGACAAAGCAGGAAAGAAUGUCCAGUGGGAAAAAGACAGUCUCUUCAAGAAAUGGUGUUGGGAAAAUUGGACAGCCACAUGCAGAAGAAUGAAACUGGACCAUUUCCUUACACCACACACAAAGAUAGACUCAAAAUCGUGGAAAGACCUAAAUGUGAGACAGGAGUCCAUCAGUAUCCUAAAGGAGAACACAGGCAGCAUCCUCUUCAACCUCAGCCACAGCAGCUUCUUCCUAGAAGAAGAAGCAUCUCCAAAGGCGAGGGAAGCAAGGGCAGAAAUAAACUAUUGGGACUUUAUCAAGAUAAAAAGCUUUUGCACAGCAAAGGAAACAGUCCACAAAACCAAAAGACAACCGACAGAAUGGGAGAAGAUAUUUGCAAAUGACAUAUCAGAUAAAGGACUAGUAUCCAAAAUCUAUAAAGAACUUAUCAAACUCAACACCCAAAGAACAAAUGAUCCAAUCAAGAAAUGGGCAGAAGACAUGAACAGACAUUUUUCCAAAGAAGACAUCCAAAUGGCCAACAGACACAUGAAAAAGUGCUCAACAUUGCUCGGCAUCAGGGAAAUCCAAAUCAAAACUUCAAUGAGAUACCACCUCACACCAGUCAGAAUGGCUAAAACUAGCAAGUCAGGAAACGACAGAUGUUCGCGAGGAUGCAGAGAAAGGGGAACCCUCCUACACUGUUGGUGGGAAUGCAAGCUGGUGCAGCCACUCUGGAAAAUAGUAUGGAGGUUCUUCAGAAAGUUGAAAAUAGAGCUACUGUACGACCCAGACAUUGCACUACUGGGCAUUUACCCCAAAGAUACAAAUGUAGAGAUCCGAAGGGGUAUGGUGCACCCCAAUGUUUAUAGCAGCAAUAUCCACAAUAGCCAAACUAUGGAAAGAGCCAAGAUGUCCAACGACUGAUGGAUGGAUAAAGAAGAAGUGGUAUAUAUGUACAAUGGAAUAUUAUGCAGCCAUUAAAAAGAAUGAAAUCUUGCCAUUUGCAACACCGUGGAUGGAACUAGAGGGUAUUAUGCUGAGCGAAAUAAGUCAGAGAAAGACAUGUAUCAUAUGAUCUCACUGAUAUGAGGAAUUCUUAAUCUCAGGGAACAAACUGAGGGUUGUUGGAAUGGUGGGGGGUGGGAGGUAUGGGGUGUCUGGGUGAUAGACACUGUGGAGGGUAUGUGCUAUGGUGAGUGCUGUGAAUUGUGUAAGACUGAUGAAUCACAUACCUGUGCUUCUGAAACAAGUAAUACAUUAUAUGUUUAAAAAAAAUAAAAGGAUAGUAGGAGGGGAAAAAUGAAGGGGGGGAAAUCUGAGGGGGAGACGGACCAUGAGAGACUAUGGACUCUGAAACAAACUGAGGGUUCUCGAGGGGAGAGGGGUGGGAGGUUGUGUUAGCCUGGUGAUGGGUAUUAAAGAGGGCAUGUAUUGAAUGGAGCACUGGGUGUUAUAUGCAAACAGUGAAUCAUGAACCCUACAUCAAAAACUAACGAUGUAUGGUGAUUAACAUAACAUAAUAAAAUUUUUAAAAAAACUACUUAUUUGAGUACAUAGUACACAUUUGUGUUAUGUUGAAGGAAGAAGGCUGUUUAAUAUCUAUGCUUGAGAAACACUAAAUUGAUCAGCAGUUUGAUGUUAAAUGGUAUAUAUAUUUUUGAUGAAAACCCUUGAUUAUGUCUCGAUGAACUCAAAGUCAUCUUCUCUGAAGCUACUUUCCAGAACAGAGUCAAGCCCAGGAUUUUAUAUUCAAAUGAGGAUCUUAAUCUUUAAACAAAGUAAGGAUUAGAAGACUACUGGGAUACAUGUGGAGUAUGAAAUAAGUCAUUUUAUUGUCUUAUACUUACUGCCCUCAUUGUUACAGUUGCCCCUACCCUUCCCAUUAAGAUAGAGAAAAGGUUAGACUUCAUGUACCGUGGUCCACAAAAGAUACAAGCCUUAUGAGAAACAGGAAGAGGUAAAGGGAAUUAAAUUUUUUCUUUUGUCGGGGUGCCUGGGUGGCUCAGUCAUUAAGCGUCUACCUUCGGCUCAGGUCAUGAUCCCAGGGUCUUGGGAUCGAGCCCGGUAUCGGGCUCCCUGCUGGGCGGGAAGCCUGCCUUUCCCUCUCCCACUCCCUCUGCUUGUGUUCCCUCUCUCACUGUCUCUCUCUGUCAAAUAAAUAAAGUCUUUAAAAAAAUUUGUUUUUCUUUUCUCUCCCAAAUGACCUUUUUAGAUGGUUGGUUUUUGUCAGAAUCCAAAUAAGGUCUGCAUACUGCUUUUGGUUGGCUAAAUUUAAGCCCCUUCCACAUAUUGGUAUGAGAAAGUGAUUCAUUUGUCUUGUCGAAUUUCCUAUAUUCUGAAUUUGGCUCUGCAUCCUUGUAUUACUAACAUAUUUUACUCUUGUCCUGAAUUUCUGUAAAGUGGUAGUUGGAAACCUGAUUAAAUUCACUUUGGGUUCUUUGAUCAUGAAGUCUUUUUUCUUCCAUUUGCAUGAUACCACAUGAGGCAUAAACCAUCUGGUUGUGUCACUUUCAGUGAUGGUGAUAUCAAUUAGUUGAUUCAGUUGUUGUUAGCCUCAUCCACCCAUUACACAGUUGCACUGGGCUUAGCACCUUUCAUAAGCGUUGCUUAGAUUCAUUAUUUUCUUAGGGAUAGGAAUGAUUAUUUUCUAAUUAUAUCAUUGUUUUUGCAUUGAUUGGCUGGAAUUCUGUAAAUUACUGUUCCUAAUCAAGUAUUGUGAUACUCUGAAAUAGAACUUGCACAAGAAAGGCAGAGUAUGUGCCUGAAUGUUUUAGUUACCAAUUUUCAGAAUACUGAAUUGGUGGUACUCUAGUAACCUCUCAAGGUGACCAGUGAUGUGAAUUUUAUUUUUAAUUUUUAUAAUCUCUUUUUGAGGUGGUUUAAUUCACUUUGUUUCUGUAUCCUUUCAACAUGACAGGAGUGGUCAAGGUAGUCUCCUUGCUUUCUUGCAUGACAAGAUGUUCCAGGCUUCCUGCUUCAGCCCAUUUGAAAUUGGCUAUUCCUGUAGGGAGUUUUGACUCCUUUUAGUGGACAGUGUUUAUUUAGAGACUAUAAUCCAAGUAUAGAGUGCUUCUAAUACGAGGUUGCCAUUAAUUGCUUGUAGGUGGUUUUAGGCCUAGGAAAUGUAUAUUUUUAGUAAGAGAAAAACAAAUCACAAGUUCCUAGUUAUAUUUUAAUUCAUGUGUAUAACUAUAGGGCUUUAAAGCUUGAUGGUAUUGCAUGGAUUUUACUGAAAAUAUAUCAGUAUUAUAAACAGUAAAAUAAUUUUAGUUUUUUGUAUUCAGUUCCGUCAAAUACGAGUUUCAUAAUAAAAUGGUCAAAACAUAUUUGGCAUCAAGACAAAUUGUUCUGUAGCACAGUGUGACACAUUGAGCUCCUCACUUCUUACCUUCCUAGCAUAUUGCUCUACGUCCUCCAGAUGUAGCCAGCUUCUAUAGCACUACAUCAUGAAGAGAAAACAAAACAAUUUUUACUGCCUCUCUAUUUGUAUAUAUUUUUUCUUUCUGAAAAAUUUGAAGACUGCUGAAAGCAAUUUAAAGUUUCUUUGUGAUUCUUUUUUGUCCCUAGGGAUUAUGUGCAGUCAGAAUAGUGCUUUAAGGUAUAUUAGUUUUCUUUAUGACUACAAAUAACUUUACUAGUUUAAAAAAGUAUUUAUUUUCUGUUUAUCUUAAACGUAGAUAAUGUUGGUUGGCUGUGCCUUUGUUCUGUGUCUUCUCACUUGGUGAUCCAGGCUCUUAGAGCAGGCCCAGUAUAUGGGACAUGCUCAUUCUUUUGGCAAGAUUAAAGAGCAGGAGACCUGGCAUACACUUGUAAUACCUUUAAAAUUGUGAUUGGAUGUGGUAUGUACCACAUCUGCUCAAUUUCCAUUGGCCAAAGCAUGUCACAUGGCCACAGUCCAGUUGUUGGCGUGGGGAUGAAUAACUCAGUUGUAGGAAAAUUGAAGAGUGAUUUGAAUUCUCAACAGUAAUACGUUCGCCCACAUAAAGUCACUUAAAUUGAUCCCUGUAUAUUGAUGCCUUCAUAGUCACCAUAAUUAGUAUUGUUUUGAAUUCUGUUUUAAAGGGAUUAUCUAUCUAUCUGACGGGCAUGCUGAGGAGAUAACUGAACGUCAGGGAGAAAAGGCUUUUGUUAACCUUUAUCUACACCUGCCAUCUACACUUUUGAAGGGGUAAAAUGAUGGCAUCUAUAUUUACUAAUCCUGGGCUUUCUCAGCUUGAUGAUUGUUACGGGGUGAAUUGUAUCAUCCACAAUUCAUAUGCUGAAAUCCAAACUCCCAGUACCUCAGAAUAUAAA